AUGUCGCUACCAGGAAGACCCGGUUUUGCCGCUGGUGUGGACUCCAGGAUUGUCCUCCAGGUGCAGUUGCGCUGUACAGAGGGCUCGGUGAGGUGGAUAUACCCUGGCCAGGCUCUCCGGGUGGUCCUGGAGCCCAAUCUGUCCUCCUCCCAGAGCACCACUGUCUGCAUCAAACCGUCUCCCUCUUUCCGUGGAGCCAGCGUGUUCAUUGAACGAGCCGGGGAGCUGGAGCUGCUGGUGACAGAGGGCGGGCGGCCCGAGCAGCAGGUGUUCUGUUUCCGGGCAGAUGGUCCGCACAGGCCCGUAAUCUACCUCCAGUCCAGACCGCAGAGUGAUGGACCCUGGAGCAGACGCACGAUGGGCUUCAGAUAUGAGCUGCUGGGCAACAGGACUGCUCUCAACGUGGGCCACAGCGGGCUUCAGGCUUCAUGCCGACCCUGCAAUGACACAGAACUCCUCAUGGCUAUCUGCAACAGUGACUUUGUGGUCCGAGGCCUCAUCGAGAAAGUCUCCCACGACUCUGAACAUCAGACGUCGCUGGUGGAGGUGUCAGCAGCAAGGGUGUACUGGCAGCGCAGUGGAGUGUUUGAGCAACAAGCAGCUGCCUCUGGGUCACCUCGGUCCGUCCCGUCUUGGCGUGGACACAUCCACACACUCCUGCAGUGCCAUGUGAAGCCUGGGGAUGGAGAGUUUCUCUUCACAGGGUCAGAACACUUUGGGGAAGCUUGGUUAGGGUGUGCCCCACGAUACAAAGACUUCCUGUUUGUCUACCAGACUGCCUGGGCAGCACGACGGAAUUCCUGUGACUUCCCUUUAGACUGAGGAAGUGUGUUGUUUUAGCCCUACUACUGAAGCUGGCCAGUCUUUAUCCACAGGCAUCCUCACCCCUAUCCUGGCACUGUGGGAUCCCUGUGAUGUUGUCGUGUGACAGCAAGGUGGUAUCCAGCAUCAACAGCAUGGACAAAGCUAUUGAAUUGCUGGUAAAAUACACAUUUGGAGGAGCUGAGCAGAAGCAAACAGCAGGGCCUCCUGCCCAGAGGCCCAGAGAGGACCGGCCUUUGUCUCCCUCCCAUCAGUGCCCUCAGUCCUGGGAGACCGAGAAGGGGUUGGGUUGCUGCUCUCUCUUUGUGCUUCUCCCCACAUCAACCGUUGUUCACUUUGCUGGCUCUGUGUGACAAUUGCCCCCUUAACUGAGGUGGGAGGGAAGACUAAAGCACGGCCAUUCAUAAUCGCCAGUUUGUCCCAUA